AUGCAGACCUUUCGCGUGGGUGCGCACGUGUGGGUGCCGGACCCUGAGCUCGCGUGGGAGGAGGGGUGCGUGGUGGAGGACCUGGGGGAAGGCAAACUGGCCGUGAAGAUCGAUAACCCCGGCAAGCCGGACUCCCCCUACCGUCUUCUUUCCCAUCACCUGCUUCCAUUACCAUCGUCCCGUCGUCUCAUCGUCUCCGUGCUAUCAUCCGCGGCAGAUUCGUCCCCAAUGGCAAUCACAUACGGCUCACGCCUCACUGCCGUCCUCAUUCUCAUCCCCCCUCCCCGCUCUGCACGGAAGCUAUGGGAGCUAUGGGAGCUAUGGGAGCUAUGGGAGGUGCACGCAUCGCUGUGCUGCAUGCGAGAACCCGAGGGCCCGCUGCUGGACGACAUGGUUCGCCUCACGUGCCUGCACGAGCCUGGUGUGCUCUCCAACCUCUGCCGCCGCUACCGUGCCAACCUCAUCUACGUGCGUCCUCCCUCUCACUCGCGCCCUGCUACCCACCCACUGUUCCCCCUUAGCUCCUUGCCCAGAGGAUCUAUCUUGAUAGCGCUGAACCCGUUUGUGCGCAUACCCGGGCUGUACGACGCAGCAAUGAUGCGCCAGUACCACGGCGUGCCCCUCGGCCUGCUCUCACCACACGUCUUCGCCACUGCAGAGAACGCCUUCCGGGCCAUGAGGGAGGGAGGUCGCAGCCAGGCCAUUCUGAUAAGUGGGGAGAGCGGAGCCGGCAAGACGGAGACCACGAAGCUCAUCAUAGAGUACCUCGCCCGCGCUGCUGCCCACAGCGACCCCACCUCCCUGCCUUCCCCCACCACCGUCCUCCCCAUUCCCUCCGCCUCCCUCCCCGCCCUGCACAUCCACCCGCCUGGCUCGACCUCCGCCUCUCCAAGCAUAGAGUCCCUUGUUCUUCAGCCACUCAUCGCAACCACCAUUAUCCCUCCUCUUGCCAUUCCUGAGUGCUUGCCCCCUACCCACCACCGCAGCCGCUUUGGCAAGUUCAUAGAGCUGCAGUUCGGGCAGGGGGGCGGGCUGACGGGAGGGGUGGGCUGUGGGGUGAAUCGUGCUUCAACUCAACUCCCCUUUCCAUUGCCAUCAUGUGCCCCCUACCCACCUCCGCAGCCGCUUUGGCAAGUUCAUAGAGCUGCAGUUCGGGCAGGGGGGCGGGCUGACGGGAGGGGUGGGCUCCGCUUUGGCAAGUUCAUAGAGCUGCAGUUCGGGCAGGGGGGCGGGCUGACGGGAGGGGUGGGCUGUGGGGUGAAUCGUGCUUCAACUCAACUCCCCUUUCCAUUGCCAUCAUGCGCCCCCUACCCACCUCCGCAGCCGCUUUGGCAAGUUCAUAGAGCUGCAGUUCGGGCAGGGGGGCGGGCUGACGGGAGGGGUGGGCUCUGCUUUGGCAAGUUCAUAGAGCUGCAGUUCGGGCAGGGGGGCAGGCUGACGGGAGGGGUGGGCUGUGGGUUUAUAGAGCUGCAGUUCGGGCGGGGGGGCGGGCUGACGGGGGCAGCGGUGCGCACAUACCUGCUGGAGCGGUCACGAGUGGUACACAUCGCAGACUGCGAGCGCAACUACCACAUCUUCUACCAGAUGUGCCAGGGGCUCUCCAAUGAGGAAGCAGCGGCUCUGCAGCUUCCUCCAGACCCCAGCACGCGCGCCCACCACUUUCACUACCUCAACCAGAGCUCCUGCUUCCACCUGCCUGGCCGCGCCUCCGACGCCGACGAGUUUGCCGCCACCAUGGCAGCCAUGCGUGCCGUUGGCAUCACCGCUCAGCAGCAGGACUCAAUUUUGAAAAUACUGGCAGCCAUCCUCCAUAUAGGCAACUUCACGUUUGAGCAGAGUGGCUCGGACCUGGUGCUGGAAGUGCCUCAUGCAGAGGCGCAUCUGGGUGCCGCUGCCGACCUGCUCAGAGUGGACAAGGAAGCGAUGCGAGAGUGCAUCACAGUGGUGACCAGGCGGGUGGGGCCGGAAGUCAUUCGCAGCCCAGCGGACGACCGCACCGCCUGCUUACGCCGCGAUGCCCUUGCCAAGGCGCUCUACUCGCGCGUCUUUGACUGGCUAGUGGAGCGCAUCAACGAGUCAAUACAGCAGACAGGCGGGAUGGAGGAAGGCAGGUGCAUUGGCGUGCUGGACAUCUAUGGCUUUGAGCACUUCGAGACAAACAGCUUUGAGCAGCUGUGCAUCAACCUGGCCAAUGAGAAGCUGCAGCAGCACUUCAACCAGCCUGUGUUGAGGGAGGAGCGGCAGGUGUAUGAACGGGAGGACAUCACAUGGAACCUUCAUGCCUUGACUGCCCUUCACACCCUGCCCCUCUCUCUCCAUCUCCGCACCUCCCCCCUGCAGCAUGUGUUGAGGGAGGAGCAGCAGGUGUACGAGCGCGAGGGCAUCAAGUGGGACUUCAUUGACUUUGACGACAACAGCGACGUGCUUGACGCCAUUGAAGGGGUGCGUUACUCCCUGCUUGAGUUCAUGGCCAAGAACACAGACGUGACCAUCCCAGAGCAGCAGCAGCUGCUAGAGCAGUCCUCAAACGAUCUUCUCGCUGCCCUCUUCUCCCCGCCUCCCGCCAACCCUCCCUCCACCCCGACCUCCCCCUUCCUACCCACCCCGGGUAGCCCCCUCCCCACCACCCCCGGCAAACCUCCCUUCCCUGGCGCAUACUCCUAUAUGAACGCCGCUGCUGCUGCCACAGCCACUGCUGGAGACCCUGCCAACGCCCCUCCCAGCCCCGCGUCUUCCCUUUCAAGCCCCUUUGGCCAGCGCCUCAACGCCUUCAGAAGCCCCUCUGCCAGUGCUGAUGCGGGCGGCCCGGGCGGCGUGGGGCGGCGGCUGCUUGGAGGGCCUCAGAGCCCCCUGGGGGAUGGGCAGAGCCCGAGGGGAGGGGGCGGGGGAAUGAGAGGCAGUGCAGGAGGGAGAGGAGGGGGGUCGCGUGUUACAUCUCUGGGCCGGCAGUUCAAGCCCCUUGCUGCUGCACCGCCCUUCAUGAUGCCGCCUCUGCUGCCGCCCGCUCCACCUUCAUUCUGCCGCUUGCCUCUGCUCCUCCACAACCCCCGCACUCAACCUCGCCGCAGCACCUGUCCCAACCUUCUAAAGCACUCCCCUCCCUUCACCAUGUACUGCAAACAAACCUUGUCUCAACGCACACGGAUCGCCUCACACCCCUUCUGCCUGCUCUGCCUCCGUCCCGCCUUCGCCCCCAACCCACUGGCCUCGCUUCAGCUCCAGCUGGCGCAGCUGAUGAAGACACUGUCUGCCAUGCAGCCCCACUACGUGCGCUGCAUCAAGCCAAACGCCGCCAGCCACCCGGCUGUUUUUGACUGGCUCUCUGUGGCCAGUCAGCUGCGCUCUGGGGGCGUGGUGGAGGCCAUUCGAGUGUGCUCUGCCGGCUUCCCAUCGCGCCGCCCCUUCGGGGAUUUCAUCGAGCGCUUUGCCCUGCUGCUGCCCCCUGACUCUCCUGCUGCGCUCAAGCUCUCAACGGCAUCGGAGCCUGACAUUGUGAAGCUCAUUCUCACCAAUGCCAAUCUCACAGGCUGGCAGGUGAGUGUGACAGGCUGGCAGGUGAUUGUGACAGGCUGGCAGGUGGGGCGCACCAUGGUGUUUCUGCGUGCGGGGCAGCUGCGGGCGUGUCAAGCAUCUCUCACUUUCUCCCCUCCCAUACCCCUCCCACUAUCGUCCCCAGGUGGGGCGCUCAAUGGUGUUCCUGCGGGCAGGGCAGCUGCGGGCGCUGGAGGCGUGUCGAGCAUCCUCUUGAUCAACUUCUCCUCUCUCACCCACCCUCCUUCCGCCGUCCAGGUGGGGCGCUCAAUGGUGUUCCUGCGUGCGGGGCAGCUGCAGGCACUGGAGGCGUGUCGGUCGCAGCGUGUGGACGCGGCAGCAGCGGCCAUCCAGAGAACUGUGCGGCGCUACCUGUGGCGCAAGCACCGCCUGCAUGCCACUGUUGUCAUUCAGAGCGCCUGGCGAGGCUACCUCACUCGGAGGAUAAUGAGAGUGCAUAGAGAGCGCAGAGCAGCGGUGCGCAUUCAGAGCUGGUGGCGCGGGCUGGUGGUGCGAUGUGGCUUCCUGGAGCUGCGCCGCGUGGCCAUCCUGCUGCAGCGCCGCCGCCGGGGGCAGAUGGCGAGAUAUGCGGAGGAGUGGCAGCAGCAGCACUGGGCUGCUAUCACCAUUCAGGUCGGUUCACUCGCGGUGCAUCUGAGCGCACUGGAGGGGGUACUGCAGUCGCCGCCCCUGGCAACUGCUGCAGCAGCACCUGAGGAUGAGAGUCGCCAGAAUGAGGCUCAACCGCCUCAAACGGGCUUACAUGGUUACUUGUCGCACUUUGCGUGUUCUGAUUCUGAGUGUCCCCCAUGGUGGUGCUUUGGUCCCUCCCCCAUGGUGGUGCCUUGGUCCCUCCCCCAUGGUGGUGCCUUGGUCCCUCCCCCAUGGUGGUGCCUUGGUCCCUCCCCCAUGGUGGUGCCUUGGUCCCUCCCCCAUGGUGGUGCCUUGGUCCCUCCCCCAUGGUGGUGCCUUGAUCCCUCCCCCAUGGUGGUGCCUUGGUCCCUCCCCCAUGGUGGUGCCUUGAUCCCUCCCCCAUGGUGGUGCCUUGGUCCCUCCCCCAUGGUGGUGCCUUGGUCCCUCCCCCAUGGUGGUGCCUUGGCAGCGCAGCAGCAGGCGGAGCUGGCCCCGCCGCGCAAGAAGUUGGACAUGGCUGUUGAUGCCAUCCGCCUGGCCGUGCUGCGCGUCAUGCGGGACAAGGCAGAGCGUGCGAGGGCAGCAGCAGAGGAGUCAGUAUCCGCCCUGCAGAGGGAGCUGGAGGUUCGGUCCCGCCACGCCCAUGCCCUCGACCGAGACCUCCGAGCCACCCGCUGCGACCUUGAGAUCCGAACCUCCGAAGCCGAGGCUCGCAUCGCCGAACUUGAGGCGGAGGCUCGGGAGGCAGACCGUCAGCGACGGGAGUGGGAAGCUCGGGUGAGCGAGCAGGAGGCGGUUGAGAGGGAGGUGAGGGAGAGGAGGAGGGAGGUGGAGCAGUGGAGGAGGGAGGCCGAGGGGAAGGAUGCGGAGAUUAGGAGACUGAGGGAGGAGUUGGAGGUAGUGAGGGGGAGGCUGCGGGAGGCUGAAGGGCAGGUGAUGGGAUUGAAGCAGGAGGUGAUGGUUGUUGAAGGGCGGGUGGAGUUAAUAAGGGAGGAGGCAGAAGGGGCUGAGAGGAGGGCGGAGGAGGAGAGAGCACGGGUGGAGGCAGCGGAAAGAAGGGCCGAGGAGCUGAUGAGGCAAGUGCAGGAGAUGAAGGCAGAGCUAGAUGAAUCCGUGGCUGCUCUUGCUGCUGCUGCCGCUGCCGCUGCCGCUGCUGCUGGUGGUCACGCCUCUGGUGAUGCCUCUGCUGGUGCUUCUGCUGCUGUUGGCAGGCCUGGAACUGGGGUGAUCCCAGGGCAGAUGAUGAUCGAGUGGCACAGUGGGGACCCCAGCAGGGCAGAGCAGGCAGGGCGGGAGGGGGCGGCGGUGUCGGGCUUGGCACCGCCGUCAGUGGUGUCAGGCGUGGAGGAGGCGUCGUCCUCAGUGGUGCUCAUGCGGGGGGAGGAAGGGGACACUCUCACUGACAUGAUCAGCGAACGAACCCCAGAUGGAGUCACCCCUGAUGACGACGGAUACACCUACACCUACCUCGUCUCCCCUCCUCCCCCACCUCCCCCUCCACCCCUUCCGCCGCAUACCACUGCAGCAGCAGACAACCCUACCCCAGGAGGCCUCUCCCCGCCGCUCCCGGACUUCCCCGCGCCGCCUCCUCCAGCCUACCGCAGCCCGCCAGUGGGGAUGAUCGUGCCGCCGCGCUGCCACUCCGACCGCCUGCGCUCCUCCCCCUCCACCUCCAGCGUGGGCUCCCUAGACGAGGACUGGAGCCUUAGGGAGGGGAUGCUGGGAGGUGCUAGGCCGUCAAUGGCAAUGCGCCUGGGAAUGGGGGGAACGGGGCCACCAGGGGGGUUCCGGGGUGGGCCUGGGGGAGGUGCGACCUGGGGCGGGUUUUACGGCCGGGCAGGGAGUGCUGGAACGCCUUCGGUGGUGAGCUUCGGCGGGGGAAGUGGGGGAGGGUCGGGCGGAGCCGGAGCAGGAGGGAGUGGUUCGGCACCGAGCCUGCACCAGAUGAUAGCCUUGGCAGAGAAGGAUCGGGACAUGGCGGCGCGGCUGGGAGCAGAGGCGGACUGGCUGAGAGGGGCGUACAAGGAGACAAGGCAGGAGGCGAGUGUGGCGCGGGCGAGAGCAAGGCAGGCGGAAGCAAGGAUGGAGGAGGUGAGGCGCGAGCUGCUGCAGUGGCAGGCUCUGGCGGCUGAGCUGCAGCAGCAGGUGCACUCGCUGCAACGACAACUCGACAGCUCGACAGGUGCGCUGCUGAAGGACGGGGCAGGUGGACAGGUGGGUGCACUCGACAGGUGCGCAGUGCACGUGCAUGAACAUCCGCAGCAGGUGCACUCGCUGCAGCAACAACUUGACAGCCUGCAGGCGGGGAAGAAGGAGCACAUGGAGGGGCCAGGGGCAGGGACGAGGGGCAUUGCGCAGGAGAGGGGGCGAGGCAGGGAGAGGGAGAGGAGUGGGCGGCCGGGCAUUCUCACUCGCCGCCUGCUGCAGCAGCAGCCGCAGUAUGGCGGUGGGGGUGGCAGUGGAAUGGUGCCCUCGUCUCCUGUAUCGCCCACGUCAGGAGCCAUGUCUGCCUCUGCUCCCUCCUACUCCUCCCAGGUGCAGUACCUGCUGCGCUAUGUGGUGCAGUACCUGCUGCGCUACGUGGUACGACCGCUUGGUUUCACCCCCUCGGGCCACUCAGUGCCUGCCUGCUUCCUCUUCACCAUCCUCCGCUUCUGGCCGCACCUCUCCUUCCAUGCCCCUCCUCCCUCUUCUACCACCACUGCCAACACCACCAACGCUUUCUCGACUGCACUACCAAGCAACCUCCCUAGCACACCCACAGCAGCAGCAGCGGCUGGUGCUUCAGCCGCCCCUCCCUUCCUCCCCCCCUCCACCCCUUUCUCCCCCUACUCCCCUUACUCCCCCUACUCCUCCGCCUCCUCCCUCCCCUUCGCCUCCCUCUCCCCCUUCUCCUCCCUCUCCCUCUCCGCAUCCCCCAUCCCACCACACGACGAGGUGCUAUCAGCCAUCCGCACGGCCCUGCAGCGCUCAGCAGGGAGCCUGGAGCGCCUGGCGUAUUGGAUCUCCACGCUUGUUGCCCUGCACGCCCUGCUGCUGGGGGGGCUUAAGCCCGCCCGCUGGCAAGCCAUGGCUGCUGCGGCGGCGGCAGCGGUGGCGGGGGGAGGGGUUGGGGGAGGUGAGAUGGAGGCGGAUUCGCAGCAGGCGAAGGGGCGGGCGGAGGAGGUGGUGGGUUCUUCUGCUGUUGCGUCUCCAACGCUCAAAGCUCCUUCAUCUCCCAGUGAAGCUGCAGCAGCAGCAGCUUCUGCUGCUGAUGGGUUCACAGCCGCCACUGGCGCCAGUCCCACUACUGCUACUGCUAGAAUUCCUGCCAGGGCUAUGUCUGCCGGGAGCGCUGUGGGGGCAACCAACCCAGCAGCAUCAAGUAGCAGCAGCACGUCUGGCAGUCGCAGCAGCAUCAAGGCUGCGGCCUCUUUCUUCAGUGGGCUCUUCUCCUCCCGCUCCUCCUCCUCCUCGCCCGCCCCUCCCUCUGCUGCUUCUGCUGCGCCUGCCGUGCCGCCUCCGUCCCGUCCACCCCCUCGCCCCACCCAGAACAACAACCGUCCGCAGCACUCCUAUCCCCACCAUGCUCCCGUACCUCACUCGCUCCAUGUGGCCACAGCUUCUACUGCUGGACCUCCUUCCACCACUGCUAGUACCGCCCCCAAUGCUUCUCUCAAUGCCUCUUCUGGUGUUGCUACCACCACUCGUAUCCCAGGAGCCCCACCGCCCUCCUCCUCCCUUCCCACCGCUUCCUCCUCUCCUGUGCCUGCCUCUGCCUGCGCUGUUCCGCGCGCCGGCACCACCAGCCUGGCGUGUGCUCCCACGGGGCAGGACGCUGACUCUGCAACAGCUGGACCCACUGGCUUGGUGAGGCCUGGCAGCGGUGGUAAGGGGUGGACGCUGAUUCUGCUGCACCCGGACCCACUGGCUUGCACCUCUCCCUCUCUUCUGAUCCUUCCGCUCUUCCCCACUCUACUCUCGCCUCUUCCCUCCCUCCCACCAGCGGAGACCAUGCCACUAGCACACAAGGUGGACGCGUGUGUGCACCAUGCCGUGGGACUGUUCGCACUACCAGCGGAGACCAUGCUACUAGCACACAAGGUGGACGCGUGUGUGCAGCAUGCAGUGGGGCUAUUCACGCACCACUGCACCUCGCAAGUCGCUGCCCUCCUGCAACCACCUCCACAGCAGCCGCAAUCACAAGGAAAUGAGGGGACGGCAGCAGAAACAACACCUGGAAGGCGGAGGAGCACGGGAGGCGCAUUACCCAAGUUCCCGAGCGUGGCUCUGAAGGAGCACGUGGGCAGCACGUGGAGCAGUGUGGUGGGGGUGCUGCGGCGGGCAGCACUAGUGCUGUUGGAGAACCAGGUGCCGCCACCCGUCAUCCAGAGCGUGCUCAAGCACCUCCUCGCCUUCAUCAACGUGCGCGUCUUCAACAGGUACAGUCGUGUUCAAGAGGUGCACAGCACGUGGUGCCCGUGCACCUCUUCAACAGGUAAAGUCGUCUUCAACAGGUAA